CAGCAGCAGUUGGGCUGAGCUGGGCCCGCACAGCUGGCGGCGGAACCGGGAAGGCUAAUCCGCCGCAGAUUCCCGCGCUCACGGCUUGUGGCUUGCAUUUCAGCCGCCUUCUUUCCGUCCCCGAGAGCUGCGCAGAAAGAUGGAUCGGCACCGGCCUCGGCUGCACCACCCGAAGCAGGGCUCGGCCGCCGGGGCCCCCUACCCCUCCUCAGCCUCGCUCCGUAGCUGCCGGGAAAGCAAGAUGCCGGGCCGGAAGGGCCCUCAGCACCCUCCGCCCAGCGGCGCGGAGGAACUUGGAGAGAAACGUCCCAAGUUUCAUUUAAAUAUUAGGACACUGACGGAUGAUAUGCUGGACAAAUUUGCCAGCAUACGAAUUCCAGGAAGCAAAAAGGAGAGACCUCCACUUUCCAACCUGAAGACUGCAUUUGCAAGCAAUGAUUGUUCUUCAGAGAUGAUGGAAAACAUUCCAAAGCCACUGUCAGAGAAUGAAGUCUUAAAACUCUUCGAAAAGAUGAUGGAAGAUAUGAAUUUAAAUGAAGAUAAGAAAGCACCAUUGCGGGAAAAGGACUUCAGCAUCAAAAAAGAAAUGGUGAUGCAGUACAUUAAUACUGCUUCCAAGACAGGAAGUCUUAAGAGUAGGCGACAGAUCUCACCUCAGGAAUUCAUCCAUGAACUGAAAAUGGGGUCUGCAGAUGACAUUGUCACGUGCCUGGAGUCCCUCCGCGUAUCUUUGACUAGUAAUCCUGUCAGUUGGGUGGAAAGUUUUGGACAUGAGGGGCUUGGAUUAUUACUGGACAUUUUGGAAAAACUGAUUAGUGGCAAAAUACAAGAGAAAAUUGUAAAGAAGAAGCAGCAUAAAGUCAUACAGUGUCUAAAAGCUUUGAUGAACACACAGUAUGGCUUGGAAAGAAUUAUGAGUGAAGAAAGAAGUCUUUCUCUAUUAGCCAAAGCCAUCGAUCCCAAGCACCCAAGUAUGAUGACAGAUGUGGUAAAACUCCUCUCUGCAGUAUGCAUUGUAGGGGAGGAAAGCAUCCUUGAAGAGGUUUUAGAAGCUUUAACAUCAGCUGGAGAAGAAAGAAACGUUGACAGAUUUUCAUCUAUUGUGGAAGGUCUCAGGCAUGAUUCAGCUCAGCUGCAGGUAGCAUGUAUGCAACUCAUCAAUGCCCUUGUUACAUCUCCUGAUGAUUUGGACUUCAGGCUUCACAUCAGAAAUGAAUUUAUGCGUUGUGGAUUGAAAGAGAUAUUGCCAAAUUUAAAAUGUCUGAAGAAUGAUGGCUUGGAUAUCCAACUUAAAGUCUUUGAUGAGCAUAAAGAAGAAGAUUUGCUUGAGCUCUCCCAUCGCCUUGAAGAGAUUAGAGCUGAGCUUGAUGAAGCAUAUGAUAUUUACAACAUGGUGUGGAACACAGUUAAGGAAACUAGAGCGGAAGGAUAUUUUAUUUCCAUUCUUCAGCAUCUUUUGCUGAUUCGAAAUGAUUAUUUUAUAAGGCAACAAUACUUCAAAUUAAUUGAUGAAUGUGUAUCUCAGAUUGUAUUGCAUAGAGAUGGGAUGGAUCCAGACUUCUCAUAUCGAAAGAGACUAGAUUUAGAUUUAAGUCAGUUUGUCGAUGCUUGCGUAGAUCAAGCGAAGCUAGAAGAGUUUGAAGAGAAAGCAUCAGAUCUUUACAAGAAAUUUGAAAAAGAGUUUACCGACCACCAAGAAACUCAGGCUCAAUUGCAGAAAAAAGAAGCAAAGAUUAAUGAACUUCAAGCAGAGUUACAAGCUUUUAAGUCACAGUUUGGUGCCUUGCCUGCCAAUACAAGUAACUCUUCGCCACUGGCAGAAGAAAAUGGAUCCGGCCUCCCAGCACUUGCUCCUUCCCUGCCGUUGCCCUCCUGUGGAGGAGGGCCUCCUCCCCCUCCUCCCCCACCCCCUCCUCCCCUUCCAGGAAUGCCCUUGCCCUUUGGUGGUCCUGUGCCUCCACCGCCUCCCCUGGGAUUUCUCAGUGGACGAAACUCUCCUCCUCCACCAACCCUACCUUUUGGGUUAAAACCAAAGAAAGAAUUUAAGCCCGAAACCAGCAUGAGAAGAUUGAAUUGGUUAAAGAUCAGACCUCAUGAAAUGACUGAAAACUGUUUCUGGAUUAAAGCAAAUGAAAAUAAGUAUGAAAACGUGGAUUUGCUUUGUAAACUUGAGAAUACGUUUUGUUGCCAACAAAAAGAGAGAAGAGAAGAGGAAGAUUUGGAAGAGAAGAAAGCUAUUAAGAAAAAAAUUAAAGAGCUUAAAUUUUUAGAUUCUAAAAUUGCCCAGAACCUUUCAAUCUUCUUGAGCUCUUUUCGGGUGCCAUAUGAGGAAAUCAAAAUGAUGAUAUUGGAAGUGGAUGAAACACAGUUGGCAGAGUCUAUGAUUCAGAACCUAAUAAAGCAUCUUCCAGAUCAAGAACAGUUAAGUUCACUGUCUCAGUUCAAGAGUGACUAUAACAACUUAUGUGAACCCGAGCAGUUUGCUGUUGUGAUGAGCAAUGUGAAGAGACUCCGGCCACGGCUCAGUGCUAUUCUCUUUAAGCUUCAGUUUGAAGAGCAGGUGAACAGCAUCAAACCUGACAUCAUGGCUGUCAGUACUGCCUGUGAGCAGAUAAAGAAAAGCAAAAGCUUUAGCAAGUUGCUGGAACUUGUGUUGCUAAUGGGAAACUACAUGAACGCUGGCUCCCGGAAUGCUCAAACCUUCGGAUUUAACCUUAGCUCUCUCUGUAAACUAAAGGACACGAAAUCCGCAGAUCAGAAAACAACACUACUUCAUUUUCUGGUGGAAAUGUGUGAAGAGAAGUACCCUGAUAUCCUGACUUUUGUGGAUGAUUUGGAACAUUUAGACAAAGCUAGUAAAGUCUCUGUAGAAACGCUGGAAAAGAAUUUGAAGCAGAUGGGAAGGCAGCUUCAACAGCUUGAGAAAGAUUUGGAAACCUUUCCCCCUCCUGAGGACUUGCAUGAUAAGUUUCUGACAAAGAUGUCCAGCUUUGUUAUCAGUGCAAAAGAACAAUACGGGAAACUUUUAAAGUUACACGAAAACAUGGAAACGUUAUACCAGAGUGUGAUGGGAUACUAUGCCAUUGAUGUGAAGAAGGUGUCUGUGGAAGACUUUUUUAAUGACUUGAAUAACUUCAGAACCACAUUCAUGCAAGCAAGAAAGGAGAACGUCAAAAAAAGAGAAGCAGAGGAAAGGGAAAAACGUGCCCAAAUAGCCAAAGAAUUAGCAGAGAAAGAAAGACUUGAACGCCAACAAAAGAAAAAGCGCUUGUUAGAAAUGAAGACUGAGGGUGAUGAGACAGGAGUGAUGGAUAGUCUGCUGGAGGCUUUGCAGUCGGGGGCUGCCUUCCGCGACCGAAGAAAAAGGACACCAAAGCCAAAAGAUAUUCGGCGAAGUUUCAGUCCCAUGUCUCAGAGGCCUGUUCUGAAAGUUUGUAACCAUGAAAAUCAGAAAGUGCAGUUGACAGAAGGGUCACGUUCACACUACAAUAUCAAUUGCAACUCAACGAGGACUCCAGUCGCCAAGGAGCUUAAUUAUAAUCUAGACACUCAUACGUCUACAGAGAGGAUCAAGGCAGUUGAGAAGAAGGAAGCCUGUAAUGUAGAAAGCAACAGAAAAAAGGAAAUGGAACUUCUUGGCUCUGUUUCUAAAAACGAAUCUGUUCCCGAAGUUGAAGCCCUGCUGGCAAGAUUACGAGCUUUAUAAAUUAAACUGGUAAAAAAUGA